CCUUCGCCGCGUCGCCGGUGCCUGCGCUGCCCGCCUCACCUCGCUUCUCCUGUCCCGGCGGAGGCCCGGGCGGCCAGCGCGAGCAGCGGGGACCAUGUUCCGACGCAAGCUCACGGCCCUGGAUUACCACAACCCCUCAGGCUUCAACUGCAAAGAUGAAACAGAAUUUAGAAACUUUAUCGUUUGGCUUGAAGACCAGAAAAUCAGACACUACAAGAUUGAAGACAGAGGUAACUUGAGAAACAUCCACAGCAGUGACUGGCCCAAGUUCUUUGAAAAGUAUCUCAAAGAUGUUAACUGUCCUUUCAAGAUUCAGGAUCGGCAAGAAGCGAUUGACUGGCUUCUUGGUUUAGCUGUUAGACUUGAAUAUGGAGAUAACGCUGAAAAGUACAAGGACUUAGUACCUGAUAACAGGAAAAAUACUGACAACGCAGCUAAAAAUGCAGAGCCACUGAUCAACUUGGAUGUAAAUAAUCCUGAUUUUAAGGCGGGUGUCAUGGCUCUGGCUAACCUCCUUCAGAUUCAGCGUCAUGAUGACUACUUGGUAAUGCUUAAGGCAAUUCGAAUUUUGGUUCAGGAACGUCUAACACAGGAUGCAGUUGCUAAAGCAAAUCAAACAAAAGAGGGCUUACCUGUUGCUUUAGAGAAACAUAUUCUUGGCUUUGACACAGGCGAUGCAGUUCUUAAUGAAGCUGCUCAGAUCCUGCGGUUGCUGCACAUAGAAGAGCUCAGAGAGCUACAGACAAAAAUUAAUGAAGCCAUAGUAGCCGUCCAGGCCAUCAUUGCUGAUCCAAAGACAGACCACAGACUGGGAAAAGUUGGGAGAUGAGCACAUGAGGAUGUCAGCUUCUCACCUGCCUAGUGAUGGGAACCAUUACACCAGCAUGUGCUUGGAAAUCAGAUGUCACACUUUGAAGGGAGAACCCCAGGAGAUUGACUAUGUUCUAGAGAUUUACCACCGCUGCUUUUUCUUUAAUAAAGUUGGAGAAGUAAAAGGCUUGUUUGUUUUGCUCUGUUUUGAGUCCAUGUAUUCUGUUUCUACAAUUAUUGUGCACCCUUUAUGGUUACAUUCACUCCAACCCUUAACUUUGUCCUGGAGACAAUAUAGAUAUUUAGACCACAAGAAAGCUUUAAAAUAUUUUAUUGGAAUUAUAUAGAAAAUUGAAGAACUGCUGCAUCUUUGGUGUUUUACCCGGAGUACUUUUGAGGGAUACUUCUGUAGAGGCACUUGGGGACUCUUUGUAGCACCUUAGUAUAAAUAAAGUCUGAGGACUUCGCUGGGCCAACCCCAUGGUCCGUCUGUGGCGGGCCUCAGUGGGCUUCAGGAAUCAGUUCUCAUAGCCAUCUGUUUGCUUUACUUUUCUUGGCCAGGUAGAAUCCAUGGCAAACAAAAAUCAGAUUUAGUGUCUUUGCUCUCAUUGGUUCUAUGUUGAAUGAAUUUGGCCUUUUAAAUAACUGUUUACAAAAGUUGAUUUAAUAAGCAAUGAUUAAAAUUCUAUUUUAAACUUGU